AUGGGUGCUGCACCCAGUGGGCCCAGCCAGCUGGGUGCUGCACACAGUGGUCCCAGCGAGACGGGUGCUGUACAGCCAAAGCUCGCCGGCGGGACCCAGCUGCCGAGCCCGCCAGCGGCGUCCGCUGACGCCAUGGAUCUGAAAGUGCAGACGAUCAGUGGCAAUGUGCACUCGGUCUCCAUUUCGACCUCCGCGAACCUCCUGGCUCUCCACGAAGCCGUCGGGCUGGCACUGGACAUCAAACCUUGGGAGCUGCGCCUCACCGCAGAUGCCAGAGUCCUGGAUUUAGCCUCUGAAGGGGAGAAGACAUUGGAGGCUCUGGACAUCAAGGAGGAGUCUGAGGUGAUGGUGCUUCGGUGCAGCCCGUGUUUGCUGGAGACUCUUGCCGGAAGCAGAUCCCAGCACUUCCCGGCCUUCACCACGUUCGAGUCUUGUGCAUUUGAGCACCUGGCAUUCUUGGAUCGGGUCCCCAGUCCCAUCCCAGAGUGCUGCUAUUGGGAGCUGAGUUGCUGUUAA